AUGCCUAUUUACGCAAAUGCUAGAAUUGGCAUUACAAGUGAAGAUUUAAAGAAUACAAUAGAGAAGACAUUGGGUGGUGGAGGAGUAGCUCUUUCAUCCCCAAGGCUUGUGAUUCCUACCGUGAUUUUUGGAUUGUCAGCUUUAAUAGACCACUUCAAAAAUAGUUUUUUCAGUUUUGAGGUUCUUCCAAGGAUGAUGGGUUUCCUCGCAUACAAGGUUGCAGCUUUGGUUCAGGUCUACAGAGAUAACGAGGAUCUCCGCUUGAUACUUCAUGAGGAAGAGGAUGCUGACCGUGAAAGCACUUGAUGCAUACAAAUUAGAGAUUAUGUUAACCUGUUGAUAAAAACAGAACAGUCUGAUUUACUGAGUCAUGCUUCAGUUCUGAAAAAAAAUC